AUGACGGGCCCUGGGCAUUCGCCCUCUUCCUCGUGGGUACAGAGUGCGCAUCGCCGUGAGGGCAGUGCAACGCAGGCCCUGCAGUUCCCCGCCGGGCACCCCGGCUUGUCCCCGUCCAACCCCGGCAUCGUCUCUGCCGGGUCCUAUGCCGACCAGAGCCCCAACUACUUCGGCAUCAAGGUGGAAAACACGGGUAUCCCGCCAACUUCCAGCCCAGGACCUCAUGCACAGAAAGGUUGGGGCUCAUUACCGCACCCGCAAUCCUCACUGCCAAGCCCAAAACUGCAAUUGUACCCCCAGAACCCUGUUUCCGAGAACCUGGUGAACCUUCUGAAGACCGAAUCCGAAACCGACAAAAGACGCAGGGAGUCCGUCAUCCAGCACCGCUCGUCGCUCAGUGGAUCCCAAGCACCAGUUGGCCGUGGUCUGCCUUCACACACCCCAGAGAUAGAAGACCCAGGUGUUGAUAACCCGCAAGACCGCCAUUUUGCAGGGCCUGGCUCGAGGAGAAAGCUUUCUUCAUCACAUGUGUCAGCGUCAGCAUCGCAUCCAUCUUCGACAUCAGGAGAAUUUUGGAUCUCAUCGGACAGAUGCGCGGAACUAUUCCAGACAUCUCAGCAACAGACCUUAUUGCUGGAUGUCCGUCCGUACGCUCACUAUGUGCAGGGCAGCAUCAAAGGGUCACUGAAUCUGUGCAUUCCCACCACACUACUCAAACGUCGCUCAUUUGGCACUCAAAAGCUCGAAGGAACCUUCACCGACGAUGCUGAUAAACAGAAUUUUGCUCGGUGGAGAGAGUGUAGUGCCAUAAUUGUUUACGACUCCUCCACGACGGAUGUCAAGGAUGCGGUGCCUCUUCUGAACGUGCUCAGCAAGUUCCAGGCAGAAGAAUGGCAGGGCAGGGGUUUGAUUCUUCGCGGUGGCUUCAAAGAUUUUGCCAACCGGUUCCCACACUUGACCCAACAACCCUCACCACAACCGCAGGCCGCUCCAUCUAACCAGGGCACUUCCCCUACGAGCCUCAACGUCCGGUCGGUGGCACCUGUUGUUGGCGGGUGUGCCCUGCCAGACUCAUCCUCGGCUGUGACGCCAUUUUUCGGAAACAUUCGACAAAACAUGGAUCUUCUCGGCGGAGUUGGCCAGGUUCCUCUCCGGCAGCCUGAUCACUUGACCGAGGAAAAACGACGGUCACUUCCUGCGUGGUUGCAAGAUGCUUCGGAUCCAAAGGAUCAAGGUCGCCUUGUUUCAGAGAGAUUCUUGGAUUUGGAGAAAAGAGAACUGGAGCGCAUGAAAUCGGCGUUGAGCUAUGAUGGAUCAUCCAGCUCGACCGGCGACCCGCCCAAGAAGUACCGCGUUGCCGGUAUCGAGAAAGGCACGAAGAACCGGUACAACGAUAUAUACCCUUUUGAUCAUUCCCGGGUCCGACUCGAGGGGAUCCCGUCUGGGAGUUGCGACUACGUGAACGCCAACCACAUCAAAGCCGAAUUUAGCAAUCGACGAUAUAUCGCUACUCAGGCUCCUGUGCCAGACACGUUUAAUGACUUUUGGCGUGUGGUGUGGGAACAGGAUGUCCGACUUCUUGUGUCUCUCACAGCAGAAGUCGAGCGAGGACAGGUAAAGUGCCACCCUUACUGGGAAUCUGGGGAUUAUGGGCCAUUCAAGGUCAAGGCCUAUUCGGAGCGACAUAUCCACGUCGAAUCCAAGGACCGACCGGUUCAUUCCGCUGAGGCCGUGCCAUCCUCUCGCGACGAUGAGACCAACGAAAACCCUGUCAUCAUUGUCCGACAUUUCAGUCUCUGCCACACAGCCUUCCCGUUCCAACCAUUGCGGGAUAUCACGCAGCUUCAGUAUCCCUACUGGCCGGACUUUGGGACGCCGUCACAGCCAACUCAUCUGCUUGAGUUGAUCGAGCAGUGCAAUAAGGUUGUCCGCGCUACCAGCAGCCCUUCGUGGAAUCGCGAUGAAGCAGAUCCGAACGGCCAACGACCCGUGCUGGUGCAUUGCAGCGCAGGCUGCGGGCGAACGGGGACGUUCUGCACCGUCGACAGUGUGUUAGACAUGUUGAAACGCCAACGCGCGGAAGAUCAUGACAACAGCUCUGGGAAUCGCUGGACUGGGGAUCGUACUCUGGAUCUGAUUGCCAAAACUGUUGCCGACUUUCGGAAACAGCGGCCCAGCAUGGUGCAGAACCUCAGUCAAUUUGUGCUCUGCUAUGAGAGUGUUCUCGAAUGGGUGGUGUCUCAGGGGAGCACAUCUUAG